AUGUUCUCUAGCACCGAAUGGGAGGAAUGUAAAUUUUCUAGUACACCUAAAGGGAUUGCCUCAUAUAAAACAGUGUCAAGUGUCCAAUUUUGGUCUAGUGUGGGACAAUGUUUAAAGGUGUUCUCCCCUUUGGUGAAAGUCCUUCGAAUGGUUGACGCGGAUUGGAAACCCUCAAUGGGUUUUGUUUACGGGGAGAUUAAAGUUGCUAAAGAAGAAAUUAUCACAUCAUUGGGCGGUAACGAGAAAGCUUACAAGCCUAUUAUAGAUAUCAUAAACAAAAAGAUGAAAGGUCGUCUAGAAUCAAGUUUACAUUUAACGUCUUAUCUUUUGAAUCCAUAUUAUCAUUAUAAGGAUCCACAACUCCAAUAUGAUCCUGAUAUAAUGAAUGCGGUUCUUGAUUUUUUUGAUACAUUACUUUGUGACAAUUUUGAGAUGCAAAGGCAAGUUGUAACAAUUGACUUGCCAAAGUACAAAAAAAAAGUUGAUAGAUUUGGUCGUGAUCUUGCAAUUAAAAAUUGUAGGGUGAAUGAUGCCGAGUUUGAUCCGGCUAGUUGGUGGGGACUAUUUGGUGGCACAACUCCUCAUUUGACAAAGAUUGCAAUGAGGAUUCUUUCUUUGACUAGUAGUUCAUCGGGUUGUGAAAGGAAUUGGAGCACGUUUGAAGGGGUACAUACAAAAAAACGAAAUAGAUUGGAGGCAAGCAAAUUGAACAAUCUUGUCUAUGUUCAAUUCAAUGCUAAUUUAAUGGAAAAAAACCAAAAGCGAAAAGAUAGAAAUAUGGAGGUGUUGUUAGCAAAUGAUUCAAUCUCGGCUCAAGAAUGGAUUGUUGAUGUAGAUGAAGUAGACCCCAAAACGGUUAAUGAAGAUCUAGGAACCGAUGAUAAUCAAGCACCCCGAGAAAGUCCAAGAACGAGGGAACUUUCCGAUGAAGAUUUUGAGUCCGAGUGUGAGGAGCAAGUGUUCGAAGAAGACGAAUAUGAGUCGGAUGGGGUUCAAAUAAUGGAAGUGUGUGGAGAGGAUUAG